CAAUGUGUCGGGAAUGGUUUUGAGUGGUUGUCUUUCCGAAAUGGUUUCUAAGCAAUGUAUCUAACGAUAUAAUUUAAUUCAACUUCUGUGCGCAUGUUAGGUAGGAAAGGCUUAGGGGAUAAAAACAAUAAAACUAUUGUCUGUACAUUAAAGGACAAAUGGGUCAAUCCGGGAUCGCUCGCGCCUAGCCUUGCUCUUGCCGUAAAGUCGUGCGCGCGCGGUGUUUGCAGCAACGUAAAGUGUGUGGUUCUCCUACUGAGGAUGUCGUGGAGUGGCGUCCGGACGGGCCUGGAGUUGGUGCGGCGGCUGCCCCGGGUUUCUCUUGCCAAUCUCAGGCCCAACCCUGGAGCCAAGAAAAGGGAAAAAAGACGUGGCAGGGGCAUCCAUGGAGGAAAAAAAAGUGGUCGAGGUCACAAAGGUCAGACACAGCGUGGAAACCGUCCACGAUUAGGAUUUGAAGGUGGUCAGACUCCAUUUUAUAUUGUUAUUCCAAAAUAUGGAUACAAUAAAGGGCACAGGUUGGUGAAUAAAUACCUCUAUGUGUUAAGGUUGUUUUCUCCCAAAUUUGGUGCUGACAACUUUGCAGCAAAAGUAAACAUUGAAGUCCAGUGGGCAUCAGAACUUGCUAUAGCUGCAGUUGAAAAGAAUGGUGGAAUUAUAACCACUGGAUUCUAUGAUCCACGAAGUUUAGAUGUUUUAUGCAAGCCGGUGCCUUUUUUUCUGAGAGGACAACCCAUUCCAAAACGUAUGCUUCCACCAGAGGCACUGGUUCCUUACUAUUCAGAUGCCCGAAAUCGUGGUUAUUUAGCAGAUCCAGCAGAAGUUCAAAAGGAACGGAUGGUACUUGCCAAGAAAUAUGGGUACAUUUUACCAGAUAUAAGUAAAGAUGUGAUGUAUAGCAUGUUAACAAUGCGCAAGGAUCCCUUGCAAAUUUUUUUUGGUCUUGCUCCUGGCUGGGUGGUUAACCUUCCUGAUAAGAAAAUCUUAAAACCAACUGAUGAAGAGUUAUGUCGUUACUAUCGAUCUGAACUGUGAGUAAUGAUGUCAUUGUAACUAGAAAUAUCAUUGCUGAUGUCUCAUCUGUGUAAACCAAAUAAUGUAUUAAAAGAAUUUGUUUUAUAUUUGGUCGCUUCAUUUCUGAUUGUGCACUUAUUAAACAAUUUAUGCAUAUGG